CACACGCUACUAUCAGCACUGAUCAGUGAGAGAGAGAGUGUUAAGUCUUCUUUGAUCAGAUUUCCAAAAAAUGGAUCGAAACAGUUACAACAACAACAACCGUGGAACCGGAAAUCCCGGCCGAGGCCGCGGCCGCAACGGCGACGGCGGAGGGAGAGGAGGGGGUACAGGUUGGGGUGGUCCGGCCCAGUCCGGUGGCCAACAGUGGGCCGAUAGGUACGGUGGCCAGGUGGGUCCGGGCGUGGGGUCCUACAGGCCACAGCAACAACAGACUGGUGGUCAGAUGGGCCAUGGUGGUGGGUCCUACAGGCCACAACAGCAGCAGCAGAACGGUGGUCAAGGUGUGGGCCCCGCGAGAGUGGAGUCCGUCGGAGGCGGAGGAGGGGUGUGGAAUGGGAGACCCGGUCUUCAUACUCAGUCUCAGUCCCAGGCUCUUCUUCCUGGUGGAUCCUACAGGCCGCAACAGCAGCAGAAUGGUGGUCAAGGUGCGGGUCCUACCAGGGGGCAGGAUAUCGAAGUGAAUGGAAGCGGUGGGCAUGGCAGUGGAAGAGGAGGAGGGGGAGUGUGGAGUGGGAGACCUGGUCUUCACACUCAAGCUACUACUCAAUCUCAGCCUCGAGCUCUUCCUGGUCUUCAUACUCAAGCUACUACUCAAUCUGAGCCUCGAGCCCUUCCUGAUAUUGAGUCUUUGCAAAUUUCUGAAAAAAAGCCUCCACUCGCUCUUUCUGAAGAUACAGAGAAUAGAAUUGUGCCCAUAAACCGGCCUGAUAGAGGGGGAACAGAUGCUGCCUGGGAGGUCGGGCUCUUGGCCAACCAUUUUCUAGUGAGUUUCAAGCCAGAAGGCACCAUAUUGCAGUAUGAUGUCAACGUCGAACCACAAAUGUCUCGUGGCCCACAACGUACAAAGAAUUUUAUACCAAAAAUGGAUCAUCGUCGGAUAUUGGACAAGCUUUUUUCUGAUGACAGCACCCGAUUACCAGACCAAAAGACUGCUUAUGAUGGAAGGAGAUUCAUCUUCAGUAAAGUGCCACUGCCCACUGGGCAGUUUGGUGGGGAAGACAUGGAGAAUCACCGCUCUCCUAUAUUUACUACUACGUUAGUGAAUGAGCUGAGUUAUGCCAAGCUAAAGGAUUACAUAAGUGGAAAUCACCGUGAUGAUCCCCGCGAUAUUUUGCAAGGAAUGGAUUUGGUUAUGAAGGAGAAUCCAUCUAGCCAUAGGAUCUCUGUUGGUCGGAGCUUCUAUUCUAAUCAAUUCAGACAAUCAGAUGACCUUAAGUGCGGGGUUGCAGCGUUUAGAGGGUUCCAACAGAGCCUGAAGCCCACUUCUCAGGGUCUAGCCUUAUGUUUGGACCAUGAAGCGAUGCCAUUUUGCAAGCAGAUCUCAGUCGUAGACUUCCUUAAGGAGAAUGUCCGGGGUUUCCAUAAAGUAAAAGAUGUGUGGGAGUUGAAAAAAGAUGUGGAAAAAGCAUUAAGAGGGCUGAAAGUCUACGUAACUCAUCGGAACACAAAGCAGAAGUUCCAGAUAGCUGGGCUGUCCGAUUGUCCAACGCGAGAUAUUUCAUUCCCUCUAGAAGAUCUAGAGCAAACGGGGCCACCAAGGAAAAUUGGACUUUUGGAAUAUUUCUGGGAGAAAUAUAAGAAGAAGAUAUUGUUCGAUGAUAUUCCCUCUUUGGAUCUGGGAAAAGCCAAUUAUGUUCCUAUGGAAUUCUGUAUUUUGGUGGAGGGUCAGAGGUACCCAAAGGAGAAAUUGCCCAGAGAUAAAGGCUUCUUGUUGAAGAAGAUAUCAAUGCCUUCACCCGAGGAGAGAAAGAGCAUUAUCUGUGAGAUUGUGCAAGCCAAGGAUGGACCUUGCGGAAAUGUUGUUAGGAAUUUUGAAAUUGCAGUUGAUGAGAAGAUGACUAGAGUAGUUGGCCGUGUCCUGGCGCCACCCGCUUUGAAGCUCCGUACUUCCACCGGCAAACCGCGAGUAAUUAGACUUAACAGGGAUCCGAGAUGCCAGUGGAACCUACUUGGGAAUUCAGUUGUGGAAGGCAAGGCCCUCAAGCGGUGGGCCCUGAUAGAUUUCACUGAACGCGACUGUUCUAGACUGAAUGCUGAUCUUUUUAAAAAGAAUUUGAUAAAUAAAUGCCGUGAUCUAGGAAUCCAUGUGAUGGAGCCAGUGGUGUCUCGUCUCAGGAGCAUGCGUGACUUGUCUUCUGUUUUUGAAACUCAAGAAUUAAGUGUUGUGACGGAGGCAAACAGGAAAUGCCACGGCCGUUUACAGCUUUUUGUAUGUGUAAUGUCUGAAAAGCACGAGGGCAAAAAGAUUCUGAAAUGGGUCUCUGAGACAAAGAUUGGAAUUAUGACUCAAUGUUGCUUGGUCAGUCAUGCCAACAACCCCAACGACAGAGAGAGCGACCAGUAUCUUGCAAACCUUGCUCUGAAAAUUAAUGCUAAGCUUGGCGGUAUCAAUGUGGAACUAGCAGAACGGCUCCCUGGUUUCCCAGGCGAAGAACAUGUCAUGUUUAUAGGCGCUGAUGUCAAUCACCCUGGGCCAGGAAACACAACCGGUCCAUCUUUUGCUGCAGUGGUUGCUACCACCAACUGGCCCGCCGUCAGCCGCUGUGUUACCCGUAUCUGCCCCCAGGAUCACCGGAACGAAAGGAUUGUUGAUUUUGGGGCCACGUGUUUGGAUCUAGUCAACACUUAUGCUCGCCUCAACAAGGUCAAGCCGAAGAAAAUCGUGGUUUUCCGCGAUGGGGUAAGUGAAGGCCAGUUUGAUAUGGUUCUCAACAAAGAAUUGCAAGAUAUGAAGAGUGCCAUUUACGAAGAUGAUUAUCGCCCAACCAUCACUCUCAUUGUCGCCCAGAAGCGUCACCUGACUCUAAUUUUUGUCGAGAAUGAGAGCGAUGCAGGUCGAUCUGGAAAUGUGCCUCCGGGAACCGUGGUGGACACAAAGAUCGUUCAUCCCUUCAACUUUGAUUUCUAUCUCUGCAGCCAGUAUGGCAUGAUUGGGACGAGCAAGGCGGCGCACUACACUGUCCUCUGGGAUGAGCAUAACUUCACCUCGGACCAGUUACAGAAGCUGGUAUACCACCUUUGUUUCACCUCUGCCCGUUGCACCAAGCCGGUCUCGCUUGUUCCUCCGGUCUUCUAUGCUGAUCUUGUUGCGUAUAGGGGCCGGAUGUACCAUGAGGCCGCCAUGGAGUUGCAACCUGAAACUGCUGCUUCAUCAUCAUCAACAUCUGCUGCCUUACUGAAUGAAGGGUUAUACAAAGUGCACCCGGACCUCAAAAACGAAAUGUUUUUCGUUUAAGUGAGCUGUCUCUAAUCUCCGUUCUCUAUUCUCCUUGAGGAGAAUCGAAAAAGGAGAUUAUCUUACCGUUGCCCAAAUGCAAGUUCAAAUCUCCUUUCCUAAGCGCUAGAAAAGGAUGUUUGUGCGUGAAUCUAAUUGGGUUUUCGUGUCACCAAACUGUUUAUACAUGACUCCAUAUAGGGGUUCAUGUACUUCAGCAAACUAUUCUCCUUGAGGAGAAUAGAAAAAGGAGAUUAUCUUACCGCAAACCAUUUAUACAUGACUUCAUACCGGGGUUCAUGUAUUUCAAUCGUGGGUUUUGUGUGUCUGCGGUUUAUACAUGACUCCAUACAGGGGUUCAUGUGCUUCAACCGUGGGUUUCGUGUCUCUAUGGCUUUUACAUGACUCCAUACAGGGGUUUGUGUACUUCCUCCGUUUGUCUAGUAUUGUCAUCGUGCGUCUUGUUUUUCUGUAAUAAGAGGUCCUAGUAUCUACAGGAUCUCAUGGAUCUGGUUUGUGUUUGAGGUCUUGUUUUACUGUAUUUGGUGUCUUAUUUCCUGAUCCUUUAAGCCCAUGUGGGGCUUUAACAUCAGUGUAAUAGUUCGUGUCUUGGGCUUGUUAUGUUGUGUUUUCAUGUAUGCCGAGCAAACGAUGGAAUAUUGCUUCCUUAUAUGUAAAAUGUGUGAUCCUGUGCGAAAUUUCCUGAUUAA